AACGUCUCCUUCCAGGGGCAGGGCCAGCUGCAGAGCCUCAACCUCAGCGAGGACUCGCUGGGUGUGCUGAGGAAUGGCACACCGGCCCAGUUACGCAGCCUGCCCGCCCUCCGGCGCGUCGGCUCCGGCCGCAGCACCUGGAUCUGCAACUGCACCAUCGAGGACCUGGUGACCUGGCUCAAGGAGAGCGACCAGGUGGAGGGCAGAGAAGCCAUCACCUGCGCCUACCCCGACAAGAUGUUGGGCAAAGCUUUGAAGACCAACAGCUCGGACCUGAACUGCUCGGAGCCCAUAGACCUGCCUUCCCAGCUACAGACUUCAUACGUCUUCUUGGGGAUAGUAUUGGCUCUCAUUGGGGCCAUUUUCCUCCUCGUUCUGUACUUGAACCGAAAAGGAAUCAAAAAGUGGAUGCACAACAUCAGAGAUGCCUGUAGGGAUCACAUGGAGGGCUACCACUACAGAUAUGAGAUCAAUGCAGACCCCAGGUUAACAAACCUCAGCUCCAACUCGGAUGUCUGA